UAUUAGGACGCUCAAAGUGAAAACAAUAUCUCUGUUUUAAAUUUUUUAAAAUUGUUCGAAUAUUGUGUUGUGCUCCAAUAAAUCUAAAACUGUGCUACUUUAUCCAUGUUUAAUUUGUGGAUAUUGAUGUGAGGAGCGUGUUAUUUUGUGUGUCGUGUCGGUUUCGGUAUUUGUUUACCUUUUCGUUCGUUUUGAAUUCGUCGGUUUCACGCAAUUCUCGGUUUUAAUUUCGGGUCGUGUGAAUUAUAUUCUAGUGUUUGUCUUUACAAAAAGAUGCCGCCUCGUAAAAAGUCCACAAGCAGCACGGAAUCCAGCAGCGCCAGUUCAUCUGAUUCGAGUUCUAGCGACAGCAGCUCGAGCGGUAGUGAUUCCGGAAGUUCUAGUAGCGAAAGUGAUUCGUCCAGUUCGCAAGAUGCAAAUACAACGCGUGCCACUAGCAACAGCGCGAAUAAUGCAAACCCCCCUAAACCUAACGAGAAAGUCAUUCGUCGUAGAAGUUCGGAAACGACAGGCUCAACCACCGGCAAAACGGUGUCAAGCGCAGCUGCGGCAAAUGCGUCUGCAAAAGAUUCCGACAAAAAUGUCGCUGUAAAGCCGACUGGAGCGAAACAACAGAAACCCACGAAAAGUUCGGUUUCGUCAAGCGACGAAGAUUCAUCAGCAGACGGUAAACCUGUCCCUGCACCAAUUGUACAGAAAAAAGUACUGCAAGCGGAAGCUGCCAAGAAAAAGGCUCAGGAGAAGCAAGCGGUUGCGCAAGCUAAUGUUGCUCCUGCCACCCUUCCUCCAGCUACCGGUGGGAAAGUCCCACCCUCGGUUAUCAAGCAACAACAACAGCAGCAACAGCAGCAGCAGCAGCAGCAGCAGCAGCAGUCACAACAGCCGUUGAAGCAGGGUCCUCCAACAAAAGGCGGAACAAAGGCAAGUGUUUCCUCGAAGGAUGCUCCCAAAGUGGCUCCCCCUAUAGCUAAGAAGGGACUCACUUCGGCUCUCUCGGCAGCAGCUGCAGCCACGAAGGCUAAAAAGAAAAGCAUUUUUUCGCCGGUAAACUCCUCUGAAUCGGACGAUGAGAAAGAAAAAACGGCCCAAAAGGAACGCCGUACAUCAAGUUCUACUUCUAAUGGGACUGCUAUUGGUGGAUCAACGGCACAAGCAAACAAGGAACCUACCGCUUCGGCACAAAACUCAACCAACCAGCAGCAGCAGCAGCAGCAACAGCAGAGAGGUCGUGGCCGGCCCCGUAAGACACCCGCAGCCGUUGCCGGUCCGGUGGCGAAGCCUGUUGCCCAAGUGAAAUCGCAAACGGCGUUGGCGUCUCCCCCGAAACCCCAACAAUCGCCUGCCAACGCGCAGAAGCAACAGAAACAAGAGGAGGAUCAUUCGUCGGCUUCAUCCAGCUCCACCGAUUCGUCCUCGUCCGGUUCGUCUGAUUCGGAUUCCGAUUCUUCGGAGGAUUCAAGCCACUCGGCGGCGGCGCAUCAGUUGAAAAAGAGCAACAGCGGUGUGAAGCGCCCUUUGGAGCGCACUCCCCAGAAAGGGGACGGCAAGGAUGGCGCCACGGACUCGGACGGAGAGAAUAACAAACAGACUCGGAAGUUGACCCGUUCUUCGAGCACCCGAAAGUCGAAGCAUUUGCUGGGCAAGAAUGCCUCCGAGACGGAUUCGGAUUCGGAGAGUGUUAAGAGGUCCGCAUCCAAAAGUCCGGUCAAGAAGGCACCGAUCGUGCCAACGAAGGGAAAAGCCAAGAAUAGCAGCAAGAAGAAAGAUCCCGUGGUGAAAGAGCAACAGAUCGAGGAACCGGAACCGGUCGAUAAUCGCUGUCCGUUGCUGAAUUGUGAAUCGACCGGUCAUCUUGGAGGACAACUUGAGCGGCACUUCAUUCUUGAUGCGUGUCCUUUGUAUCAUAACAUGACAUCGAUACAGGCGAAAGAUUUUCUUUGCGAGCGAAAGCGUCGAGAGGACGACCGAAAGAAAGUGGUUCCCGUGUAUGAAAAUUCCAAGAAAAUUCAAACCACCGAACAGAAGAACUAUCUCCAGAAGAUACGAGACAUUCGAACGAAAUUUAAACCUAACCCACCGCCGGUAGAGAAACCGAAGCUAAUCAUAGAAAGGGAUGAGAAUUAUAUCGACCUUGAGCCAUCCUUGGAAGGAAUCGUCCCCGAUUAUGACCUGCAGCUGUUCCGCGAGGCACAGGCUGCCGCCAGUGAGAGCAUGGAAAACGAGUUGAAGGAGAUGGUCACGGGAAAGGGGACGAGGUUCAUUUUCAUGGGUAAACACUGCAUGCAGGUGUGGUACCAAAGUCCUUACCCGGAUGAUGUUGCUCGUCUUCCUAAGCUGUAUCUGUGUGAGUUUUGUUUGCGGUACCAGAAGUCGGAAGUGGGCAUGAAAAGGCACGCUGCCAAAUGUGUUUGGAGACACCCUCCUGGGGAUGAGAUUUACCGCAAAGGUAAACUCGGGGUGUGGCAAGUGGACGGCAAGCGGCACAAACAAUACUGCCAGCAUUUGUGUUUGUUGGCUAAGUUUUUCCUUGACCACAAGACGCUUUAUUACGACGUGGAACCAUUCCUGUUCUACGUUAUGACCCUGGCGGAUAGCGAUGGAUGUCAUACGGUGGGAUACUUCAGCAAGGAGAAAAAUUCUUUUCUAAACUACAACGUGUCCUGCAUCCUCACCCUGCCCCCUUAUCAGCGCAAAGGCUACGGUCGACUACUAAUAGAUUUCAGUUACUUGUUAACACGAGUUGAGGGCAAAAUUGGCUCUCCAGAGAAACCGUUGUCCGAUUUAGGGCUGAUAUCGUAUCGAUCCUACUGGAAGGAUGUGCUGUUGGCUUACCUUUGCUCCCGACCUGGGACUACGCUCAGCAUCAAAGACAUUUCACAGGAAAUGGCUAUCAAUUCAUACGAUAUCGUCAGCACACUCCAGGCUCUCGGAAUGAUGAAGUACUGGAAGGGUAAACAUAUAAUACUAAAGAAGCAGGAUGUGUUGGAAGAGUACGAGGAGCGGGUGAAACGGCGCGGCAAUAUGCCAAAGAUCGAUCCCACCUGUCUCAAGUGGACACCAUUCGUAGCACCGACACCAUCAACGCCGACCUCCUAGCGCCAGCAGUCCUACCACUAUCAUCAUCACUACAACUCACACCAUCAGCAGCAGCAUCAGCAUUAUCAAAGCCAUUAUCACAACAACAACAACCAUAGCUGCAACUACAACUACAUCACGCAGCAACAGCACCAGCAGCAGCAAACGAUGGCGACACAUUACUCCUUCCGCGGGGUGUUCUAGAGAGGAUGAAUGUGUGAUCCAGAGACGCGUUGGAUGCUGGAUUCUUGAAAAUGUGUUUGAAUGAUAUGUGAUUUGCGGGAAGCGGGAAUCGUGAGAAACGUGAAGUUUUUGAGUUUUGUGAACAUAUAGAAUCUAAUUUGUAUGGAUAAGGUUAACAAAGAGCAUGUAAGUGAGCAGGCUCUAAUGCAUUUAACAGCAGAAAGUCGCACUUUUUUUCGUCGGUAGGAAGUGUUUUUUCGUUUGUAGGAUUGUAUACCGAGUGUAUUUUAGAGUUAGUUUUCUCAUUGUUGAUAGUUUAUUAUGUUACCUAAAGAUGAGAUUGUUUUCUCGACGAACCAAACUAAACGCAACGAUGAGUUGUAAAAUCGAAUAACGAAAUACCGCAAAUGUCGUAUUCUUUUGAUCAGGGGUUCAAAAUAUUCACCUGAGCAAAUGAUGGAUCGAUCUGACUGGACUAUUUUCAACUAGGAGGGAACUUUGAACAUACUUUAAUUGAAAAGAUUUGGCUUAAAAAAUCUUAGUUGUAUAGAGAAAAUGUUCCGGGAAAAUAUACACAAGAAAUAUUUUUUAUUGAUUUUUUAUUCAAAGAAAUUUAAACAUUUUGUGUUAUGUUGGACUCGUGGUGAUUUGUGAAGUUUAUUUCAGAACAGAAUUCGUUUAUUUGCUGCAUUGUCUAAAAUCUACCCUUACAUUGUUAGCUUGGUUCGUCGUGGAAACAGUUAAAUAAAUGGGUAAAAAUUAUUUAAUUUCAUUUUGUAUAGGUAAGAAAUUUGUUCUUUUGUGAUAGUAAGGGUAUUAAACUAAUUGUAAUAUUUUGAA